GAUAGCGCCCCUACGAGACCACCAACACCUGUGCAGAGACGUUCCAGCAGUCGUCAAGUGAGACCACCUGUCAGAUUCUCAGACUAUAUCGUCUACAAGUGAACUCUAAGUGAACUCUAAGUGAAUAUUAAGCACUGAGACGACGCAAGAACAUUGUUGACAUUUAUUACUAAUUACUAACGAAACACGUUCAUGGGGAUGAUUAGUUGUUUAAUUCAGAGAGCAUUGAUUUAAGAGGAUGUAAGCUUUUUCCACGUAGAGAGGGAUGUAAUGUAGUUACGUCACUGAUUAUAAGUUAUGAUUAUGUAUGUACAUAAAUUAAGGACAUAAAUAAAUGCACGAGGAGAUACAACAUUGAGUUCCCUCUAUCUUUCCUUCCAUCCUGACGUUUGGUUUCUCUACUUGGUUUUCUUAUUUCUCAGCUUCAACUUCUUCGAAAGCUCCGCCUGUGCUGUUUAUUAUUUUUGCUAACAUCAUCUGAGAGGAAAUGGCUAAACAGUCCGAUCUACAUGAGUUUGACAACGUAUUUCGUCACGUGAAAUCCUUUGGUAGAUACCAGGUCAUCGGGUACUUGAGCAUAAACCUGUUGAUAUUUUCCUUGUCAUCUCAAUGGGGUGGCAUUGUUUUUGCACUCAGCUCUCCUGGCUUCCACUGCGCUAACACUACCGGGAAUACCACUUGCGAACCAAACGUAUGCUGUGAUGAAUGCACUUCGUACGUGUUUGAUGGGACUUUUACUAGUAGUGUAACCAAGUGGAAUCUCAUUUGUGACCGCGCGUACCUGGGUGCUACCAUCCAGUCGUGUUUCUUUGUGGGGAUGCUGAUUGGUUCAUUUGUGACCGGGAUGGUGUCAGACGCCUGGGGCAGAAAGGAGUGUAUUUUCUUCUGCAACGCUUUGUUCAUUGUAUCCAACACUGCCUCAGCAUUUGUCGACUGCAUUUCAUUUUUCGCCUUUCUACGAUUCACAGUGGGCUUUAGCAUGACUGGAGUGAUGCUAACAUCGUAUAUUUACGGCGUGGAGCUGGCAGGACCCAAGAAGCGUACAGCAGCGGGCAUCAUCACGUAUUUCUACUGGUCUGGGUCCUCGGUUGUGUUUACUCUUAUUGCUUACCUGAUUCGUGACUGGAGAUAUCUCCUUACGGCUACUUGCUUACCUAACAUCUUGCUCUUCCCAUUCUGGAGGUUGAUGCCCGAGUCACCUCGUUGGCUGAUCGCCAACAACAAGCUGGAUGAAGCUGAAAAUGUCCUCAUGAAGUUUGGAGGUAAAAGGGGCAGACCAAUAGACAGCGACCAGUUAAGAAAACUGAUCGAAAACAUAAGGAUCGACCAGGAAGAAAAAGAGAAUCAUGCCGAGAGACACACUCCCUUGGACCUUCUCCGUACUCCAAAGAUGAGGAAAUGGACACUCAUUAUGGGAUUCCAAUGGUUUUCGACGGCUCUGGAAUCUUUUGGAAUCCUGAUAUUUUUCACUCAACUUGCUGGUGAUCCGUACCUGAACUAUCUUAUCUUGGCCAUAGCAACGGUCGUUAGGGUUCCCUUCACAUGGGUCGUCUUUUUGAAAUUCGGUCGUCGUAUCAGUUACGGAGGCAGUGUUAUCUUUGUUGGCGUAGUGAUGCUUGCGACAUAUGCAGUCAAAGACAUCCCAAAAGCAACUACAGCGUUUGCUAUAAUCGGAUUCGUUCUCCUUGACCAUAUUUGGUCAGGUGUUUAUCUCAUCACCUCGGAGAUCUUUCCUACAGUGUUGAGGAACACAGGUCAAGGGACUGGGUCUACGAUUGCUCGCAUUGGUGCAAUCAUUGCUCCGUACGUUGCAAUGCUGAGCCAGAUCCCAAGCCUGGGGGUGAUAGUUCCAAUCGUCAUCUUUGGUGCGCUGGCGUUAAUUGCUGGGGUAAUGAUGAACUGGAUCCCAGAGACUCUGUACGCCCCGAUGCAUCAGACCAUCGAGGAGGCAGAAGCAGCUAAGGAAGACUUUGGGAUACCUUGCUGUGGAAAUAUACUUGACGAAGACGAGAGAAUGGAUGAAGACAAGCAGCUGACGCGCAUUUGUCUAGAAUAAACCAUUUUUUCCACUGUCA